UGAGGUGAUACUAAAAAACGUUUCAGUGGUCAUAACAGAAGAUUUGAGAACACAUUGUUGCAACAAAAACGAUACAGGACUAAGAUGUUAAAGUUCAGCAGUUUAAUUCUAUUGGGAUUAGCUGUGGUUGUAUACAGCAAACCUGUCAACAAUGGAGCAAGUGAACCUGGUGUGUACAACCCAUGGAACUACAUGGACAACCAGGUGAUUGACUCUGAGGGUGAUAACAUUGAUUGGAAUGUGGAGAAUGAUUAUGACUGGACUGGAAAUAACUAUGAAUACAAUCCCCAUUAUGCUGACCAUUAUUAUGACCUCAAUGGUGAGCUAAUUCCUGACAAUAAAGAUGACUACUCAACUAAUAAACAAGAUGAGAACCAAACUGGUAACAAUGGUGAAAACCAACCUGGCAACCAAGAGGAAAACUUGACUGGCAACCAAGAUGAAAACCAAACUGGAAAUAACAAUGGAAACCAACCUGGUAACCAAGAUGAAAACCAAACUGGUAACCAAGAUGAGAACCAAACUGGUAACACUGGUGAAAAUCAAUAUGGCAACCAAGAUGAAAAUCAAACUGGAAACAACAAUGGAAACCAACCUGGUAACCAAGAUGAAAACCAAACUGGUAACCAAGAUGAGAACCAAACUGGUAACAAUGAUGAAAACAAACCUGGCAACCAAGAGGAAAAUCAAACUGGAAAUAAUAAUGGAAACCAACCUGGUAACCAAGAUGAAAACCAAACUGGUAACCAAGAUGAGAACCAAACUGGUAACACUGGUGAAAACCAACCUGGCAACCAAGAUGAAAAUCAAACUGGUAACCAAGAUGAGAACCAAACUGGUAACAAUGAUGAAAACGAACCUGGUAACCAAGACGAAAACUUGACUGGUAACCAAGAUGAAAACGAAACUGGAAAUAACAAUGCAAACCAUCCUGGCAACCAAGAUGAAAACCAAACUGGUAACCAAGAUGAAAACCAAACUGGUAACCAAGAUGAGAACCAAACUGGUAAUAAUGGUGAAAACCAACCUGGCAAAGAAGAGGAAAACUUGACUGGUAACAAAGAUGAAAACCAAACUGGAAAUAACAAUGGAAACCAACCUGGUAACCAAGAUGAAAACCAAACUGGUAACCAAGAUGAGAACCAAACUGGUAACACUGGUGAAAAUCAAUAUGGCAACCAAGAUGAAAAUCAAACUGGAAACAACAAUGGAAAGCAACCUGAUAACCAAGAUGAAAACCAACCUGAUAACCAAGAUGAAAACCAAACUGGUAACCAAGAUGAGAACCAAACUGGUAACACUGGUGAAAAUCAACCUGGCAACCAAGAAGAAAAUAAAACUGGUAACCAAGGUGAAAACCAGACUGGUAACAAUGGUGAAAACCAGCCUGGCAACCAAGACAAAAACUUAACUGGUAACCAAGAUGAGAACCAAAAUAGAAAUAACAAUGAAAACCACAAUGGUAAUCAAGAUAAAAACCAAACUGGCAACCAUGGGGAAAGUCAACCUGUCAACCAACCAGAAAACCACCCUGGUAAGCAAGAUGAAAACUUUACUGGUAAUUGAACCCUGAACUAUUAAAUCAUUAUCAACUGGUUAUUGAGCUUUGAACUAUUCUAUCUGUGUCUUACCUUCUCUAUGUUGGGGCUAGGUGUGGUGAAGUCCAUGGUUUCUGCCAUACCAGGACUGUCUGGGGGAGAGUUCAUCAUAAACCUGUCUAACACUGUAUCAAAGUAUCUGAAAAUAUAUCACUAACUCAUCAGAAAUGUCCAUCAAAUACACUUGGAUCCAGAUAUCAUCCAUGUAAAACAAGGAAGUGAAUGGAUACUGUCUGGAUCCUUGAUUUGGAGGUUAGCUCUGGAACUGCAUUUUGGACAAAUUAUUGUUUUGAUUAUUCUUCAUGUACAAUUUAUAUAAUUCUAAAUAUAUUACAUCAAAACUUUUUGUAAAUUAUGUUUACCUUGUGAAAUCAUUGAAUGAGUGGAAAGCAGCCAUUGCUCCCAUUCUCUGACAGGGUGGCAGGUCCCCCAUGGUAAGAUUCAUAUCUUCGCUGAUGCUAGGGAUCCUUGGCAUUGACACACAUGAUUGUCUUUGUAGUACCCUACAUAUAUUUGUACAUAAUUAUAUAAGAGUUAUGCACUCAAAGGAUUAAAUACAGGGUUUAUUCUUAUGGAAAUUUGUGUGAC